AUGCUCUCCACUCAGACCCUCGCCCGCGCAACCGCCCGCGUUAUCGCAAGGCCACAGCAAUCGCGUAUUGCUCUCCAGGCCAGAAGAUUCGCUUCCGAGACUUCCAAGGCAACUGAAAGUACCUUUGUCAAGGAAAGAGAAGCUGUCAAGCACCAUGCCGCUGAAUCAAGUGAACUCUGGCGCAAGAUCUCCCUCUAUGUUGUUCCACCAUGCCUAGUCCUCAGUUCUAUCAACGCCUACAAUCUUUGGAACGAACAUUGGGAGCACUGGAAACACAUGCCUGCCCUUGAGGAGCGUGCUGAAUACCCUUACCAGAACAUCAGGUCCAAGAACUACUUUUGGGGUGAUGGUGAUAAGACAAUCUUCUGGAACGACUCAGUCAACUACCACAAGCGGGACGAUUAG